CGAUAGUAUGGCCGAUGGGAAAAGUUCAAAUUGGACUCUCUUGAGAAAUAUUCUUUCUCACUGUUUAAAUGAUGAUCAUCGAUGAUUCAUUUCGCUUAAAUUGUUAUCUUCCUCGAAAGGAAUGGGUUGUGCCAGUUCCAUUCUAGGUAAAAAAGACAGUAAAAGAAACAGAAAGAGAGCUAUGAGUACUACUGAAAGAGUGUUUAAUGCAGCCGUUUUGAUACAAAAGUGGUACAGAAGAUAUUUGGCCUUACAAGAAGUCAGAAGACGUUGUUCUUGGAGUAUUUUUCAAUCGCUGGAAUACGCAGGAGAACAAGACCAAACGAAAGUUUACAAUUUCUUCAAUGAUUUGUUAUCGUGUAUGACAAGUUUCUCGUCCGCCAAUGGCUACACUAUUUUCUCUCUGCCGUCAACAAAAGAUAUGCCAAAAGCUUGGCCUAAAGUUGAAGGCGAAGACGUUGAUUUACUUCGCAGAACGAAUUUGGAUUUGGUUAAGAUUGAAAAUACAUACGAAGGACCGCAUCUAAAACAACCAUUAACAGCCGAAGAUAUAGUACAAUUAAUAGAUACCUUCAAGAGAAAAAAAACUCUUCACGCGAAAUAUGUGUUGUUUAUUUUUCACGGAGCGAGGAAGAUCCUCCGACAAAAGCCAAACAUUAACUUCGUGUCAACAGCCUUCGCGCGACAAAUUACCAUUUGCGGUGAUUUGCAUGGCAAAAUGGAAGAUCUUUUCACCAUAUUUUAUAAAAACGGUCUUCCAGCACCUGAUAACCCAUACAUAUUUAAUGGAGAUUAUGUAGAUCGAGGAGAAAAUUCUAUCGAAAUUUUAAUCAUUCUGUUAUGCUGUCUUCUCGUUUGGCCAACAUCUGUUUUUCUAAAUCGCGGAAAUCACGAAGAUUUCAGUUUGAAUUUAAGGUAUGGAUUUAUCAAAGAAGUAAUGGUAAAAUACACGAAACACGCUGCAAAAAUUCUUCAUUUGGUGGAAGAUAUUUAUGGAUGGCUCCCCUUGGCUUCGAUAAUUGAUAAUAAGAUUUUUGUGGUACACGGAGGAGUGACUAACGAUAUCGAAAUCAAUAAUAUUGCAUUCUUGAAUAGGCAUCAAUAUCUGACUGUCAUGAGACCGUAUAUUGAUGAUGGACAAUUGAUGUAUGAUGCGGAUGAAUGGAAACAGGUAGUAGAUCUUUUAUGGAGUGAUCCUAGUUCGCAGUUUGGUUGCCAACCGAAUAUUUUGAGAGGUGGUGGGAGUUAUUUUGGUCCCGAUGUGACAAAAUCUUUCUUGGAACGUCAUCACUUAGAUAUGAUUGUGAGAUCUCACGAAUGUAAAGCAGAUGGUUACGAAUUUACUCACGAUGGAAAGGUUCUAACGAUAUUUUCUGCUUCGAAUUAUUAUGAAAUUGGUAGCAAUAGAGGUGCUUAUGUAAAAUUUGUUGGUCCUACUUUACAUCCGCACAUAGUAAUGUAUAUUGGAAACGAAUCGACUUACAAUCUUACCAUUAGACAAAGGAACGGAUAUAUCGAACAAUCUGCUGUAAGAGAGUUAAAAAGAAAACUUAUGCAAUUUUCAAGUCAAUUAUUAGAACAAUUUAGAAAAUGUGAUGUCGAAAAAACAGGUAGAAUUUCUAUUACUGAUUGGUGCCUUAUUAUGGAAUCAGUAACAGGACUUAAUCUUCCAUGGCAUCUCCUGUCUUCUAGAAUAGUUGUAACAGAGACUGAUUCAAAUACCGUCCAAUAUCAUACAACUUUAGAGGAUAAUACUUCUAUUCAGCAAAAUUUUCCUUCAUUAUUAGAAACUUUAUAUCGAAACAACGAAGCUCUCCAGAAUGUAUUUAGUAUGAUUGACAAGGAUGGAUCAGGAUCCAUAUCAAUGAAAGAAUUCGAAGAAGCCUGCAUUCAAAUAGAAAAGAAAAUGGGCCGACAUUUUAAAGAAGAAGAUAUUCGAGAUUUAGCUACGUCCAUUGAUCUGAAUAAAGAUGGUUCUAUCGAUUUGAAUGAAUUUUUGGAAGCUUUCCGUUUGGCAGAAUCUCAACAAUGUCAUUUGCCUUAAUAUCUUUCUGACUUCUUUCUAGAUGUACAACAUUCUUAAAUAAAUAAGAUUUGGCUAAAUAGAAUCAUCAUUAAAUUAUCAUUCCAUCAUUUGAUAAUACACACAAGCUGCUGAUAAAUAAUUUUCUUCAAAAAUUAUAUAUUAUGUAAUAGAACGUUAUUUAUUUUUCAUUAAUAUAUAAUAUAAAUGUCCACUUCUUUUUCCAGUUUCUUAGAAAAUCUCCUGUAUUGUUGGAUAAUCGAGAAUUGUAAAUAAUAAAUGAUACUUAUGUUCUGUAUGUUUUUUUAAAGUAUAAUAAGAAAAUUCUAUAUAUAGUAUUAAAUAAAACACCACUUAAAAUAGCUAUAUCAAUGACUACUUAUAGUAAUCCUACAAAUAAUCAUUCUCUUGUUACUGAAUUUUCUAUACUUCGAAUUUGAAGUUCUCAAGCACCUGCUCUCGCUUCUAUAUCAUGUUAUAUUUUUCAAAUCAUUUUAAAAAUGGAGUAAAUAUUCUAAAAAUAUAGUGCCUUAGUCUUUUAAAUGUAAUUUCUUCUCUUAUUAACUCUCAAUAUUUCUCAAAUUUCUAGAUUAAAAUGUAACUAUUCAUUCAAAUAGUCUAUCACACAGGCUGGUUUUAAAAUUUCCUUCUGUGUUAUUGAAAUCAAUUCAUUUUACUUGCAUACUUUCUCUAACAA